AUGAAAAGUGCCAGAAAGGCCGGGCCUAACUCCAGGGACGACGGACAUACGAACGGUUCCCUUCUUAAGGCCCAGGGGCCUUUACUAAGCCUUCAAACAAUGCAAAGGCCAACCCCGGCCUAUAGCUGGCUGCUGUUUGUGAACAGGCACCUUGACUCCGUACUCAAAAUCCCGCUCUUGCCGACCCGGGAAUGUUCCAAGUACGCGGAUACGUAUAAAAUCAGGUUGGGGGACCAGCACUUGUGUGCUGGGGUUCGUGGGAGUAGCAAGGGUCCAUGUGUGGGCGACUCGGGAGGUCCUUUGCAAUGCUUCCUUAGGACCGAAAACCGUUGGGUGCUUAGAGGCGUUGUCAGUUUCGGGGCUGGAUGUGCGGAUCCGGAAUUCCCGGAUAUUUUCACGAACGUUUCGCAUCAUUUAGGAUGGAUCGACCGACUGAUGAGCAAACGAAGGCAAGAACAAAUAACGCCCCUGAUUGAGCUGGACGUUGAUGUGAUGAAAAGUGCCAGAAAGGCCGGGCCUAACUCCACCCUGCUGCCUGUAUGCUUGCCAAGGGAAGAAUUCCGGGUCCCCGGAAAUGAUUCGGAAGUUUGUUACGUUUCCGGUUGGGGCCGGAUAUCGACCGACGACAAACACUUGUCCGUGGAACUGAGGCAGCUCAAAAUCCCGCUUUUGCCCACCCGGGAAUGUUCCAAGUACGCGGAUACGUAUAAAAUCAGGUUGGGGGACCAGCACUUGUGUGCUGGGGUUCGUGGGAGUAGCAAGGGUCCAUGUGUGGGCGACUCGGGAGGUCCUUUGCAAUGCUUCCUUAGGACCGAAAACCGUUGGGUGCUUAGAGGCGUUGUCAGUUUCGGGGCUGGAUGUGCGGAUCCGGAAUUCCCGGAUAUUUUCACGAACGUUUCGCAUCAUUUAGGAUGGAUCGACCGACUGAUGAGCAAACGAAGGCAAGAACAAAUAACGCGUAAUACUACAGUACAGUACUUGAAAAUAAAACCUCACCUGGUUUUCCAGAACCACUUCCUGAUGACUGGAGGAAUAAGCCAUCCUCAGUUGGGUCAUGAUAAUCUUGAUGAAGAUAAUGAUGAGGAUCUUGCCCGAAAUCAUGAUUUCGCCGCGUUCGAUGUCCACUUUCCCGCUUUAGUUUUGCCGAUCUGUCGAGAAACGUUUUGUUUCGGUUUUGACCUCUGGUGUACCGUCUUUGAGAUGGCUGUUGCAAGUCAGCCUAAUUCUUUUAAACAUGACUUACGUAAUGAUUCUGAUGUAGAGAUAAUUCUUUCCGCUACGGACUUGAAGGAAGGCAAAGAGGCUUUGACCGAGAUUUUCAACUCAGCUUUCAAGUGUGUCAUUUGCACUGAUCUCCCUACUCAUGCCGAGUUAUGUCCCCAUUGCUCGCGCAUGUUUUGUCGGGAUUGCUUCCGUGGAAAUCGGAAGAAAUGUCCCUAUUGCUUGGAAAAACUGCGGAAGUCCGGUUUGAUACGGUGUCGCUGGAUUGGUGAGUUGAUGAUAAACCUGCAAGCAGUAUUGUCUCAGGAUUGGGGUUCAGCUUCGGAAGUCAUCAUUCCGUUACCUUCCGUGAAACUGCUUCUGGAGAAAAUUGAAGAUACCCUCAAAUGCCCUGUUUGCUACGACACCGUUUCGGAUGCAAAUAUAUGCCCGAAGUGCACGAAACUUUUCUGUGGACGGUGUGUUCGCGUGUGGGUUCUCACUCGAAGUCAGACAUGCCCUUGUUGCGUCAACCCGUUGAAGGAAGAUAUGUUAAUUCCGUGUCAUUGGGCCGCAAAUCUUGGGGUCAUCAUCGAUAAACUGCUCGGAAAGCCUGCCAGGCUUCCCGACGAUGAUCAAAAUUUCUUGAGACCCGAUGAGGGUAGGAGCAAUUCUGGGAUGGAGAUCAAUUCAGACUCCGACGAAGAACCGGGCAUAUUGUUCAUACCUGACGACGUUGACUCGGACAUGUCCACCCAAUCCUAUUCUAUCCCGUCGAGCACUGAUGCGGAUGAGCCAUUCAUUUCUUUUCCUGACGUCGAUUCGACCGAUUCCAUGUCUGAUUCUGAUGAUGCUGAUUUCAUUAUCCCUGGGCGCUUCUCGCCUGCUUCUUCUCUUUCCGUGUUGCAUUCGCCCACGCCACCGGAUUGCUCGCCAUUGCCUUGUUUACCGUCAUCUCCUCUUUCUGCUGAUGACGAAGGCGACAGUGAUCGUCUCGUAAUGAGUGAAACUGAUGACGCCGCUCAAGAUCCAUCUUCGGAUAGUGAAGAUGCGCCAGUCUCCUCAUUCUGCAAGGAUGAUGUGUGGAACCACGUGGAAGCAUGUUUGUCAUUGAUUACAGCUUCCAUCCAUCCUACAAGAACCAGUCUGUUACAUUUGGGAUCAGAAAUUUCAGGAUCUGUGCCUAGAAAUUUCUACCUGGAGAAUCUAUUCAACGUUCCUCAAAAAAAGUUCGUUAUGUUGGAAUUGGGAAGUUUGUUAUAUAUUUUGACGUGCACUGUACGGACUUUCUUCUGGCACUUGAGAAAAGUUUGUUGUACGUGUACUGAAAAAAUUGUUUUAAUGGGUGUCUUAAUGAGAUUUUACUGUAGUAAGAUAAAAUAUGUAAGGUAUUUUCUAUCCAUGCUACUCACUUUUGGCCUUCGAAAAAGUGAAUUAUAACUCUAACCUCAAAAAUAUUUUUGAAUUGAGAGGAAAGCAAAAAGUAAAUCGAGCAUGAAAUUAGUUUUGGGAUGUUAUGAAAUAAACUGUCCGUCACUCAUGUCCUCGAAGUGACGAAAACCAGCUGUGAAAAUACGUGCUGUAAAUAAUUCGAAUAAUAAAGGACCGGAAGAUACUUGUGCAGUGAUGUUCAAGUGCGUGACUGGCUGCCGAAGUGUGACGUGAUCUCAAAGUUGAUACUGUAAUGGAAUGAAAUAUCUAAGUGCAAUAAAUUGCAUCAUUUUCAUUAUGAUUAGGGCUUAACAACUAUCUUUUUUUUCGUCAUGAAAGAUUUGGGACAUGAAAGCAGGAUUCUGUCGCCUCGGAAAUCGUUGUUCAUAAGGUAUCAUUGUUCAAGUUCUGAAAUGUUGAGACAGCCCGAUAAUAUCGCUCAAAGAAAGGUUAGGUUAUUCCUCGUCAGUUUUUUGAAUUUGCGCGUAACGAGGACAACCGUCGUAAAAAUCUUUCAAACGAAGCG